AUGACUGCAACUGAUAUUAGCUCUUCAAACGAGCCUAAUGGCCAGGCCCAACCGAUCAAUGGUGCUAAUAAAACAUUUGCUCAGCUACAAAUUAUUGAUGAAAACCAACACUUCACAAAGGAUUUACCAAAAUAUAUGAAUGAAUGGCAACUUGCUGACAGUGGUUUCAAUUAUAAUAUGGUGGCUGUCUUUGGGUCGCAAAGUACUGGAAAGAGUACAUUGUUGAAUAGACUCUUCGGAACAAAUUUUGAUGUCAUGAGUGAAUCUGCACGCCGUCAAACCACCAAAGGAAUUUGGAUGAGUCGCGGCAGAGACAUGAACGUAUUAAUCAUGGAUGUUGAAGGUACCGAUGGCCGUGAGCGUGGUGAAGACCAGGAUUUUGAAAGAAAAAGUGCAUUAUUUUCUAUGGCUACGUCCAAUGUUAUUAUUGUUAAUCUUUGGGAGCAUCAAGUUGGCCUUUAUCAAGAUCAUGUCGGUGCAACACCGCUGGCCAACCUUUCGAAUACUUUGACGGCUGAUUUAGAAAGAAUUUGGCAAAGUGUUUCUAAGCCUGAAGGUUUAGAAAAUUGUAUAAUCAAUGAUUACUUUGAUUUUAUGUUCACCGCAUUACCUCAUAAACUCCUAUUACCGAAAGAAUUUGAACAAGAUGUUAUCAAAUUACGAGAACGGUUUGUUAAUCCAAACAACAAAGAUUUUGUAUUCAAGCCAAAUUAUAACAAACGUGUUCCUGCUGAUGGUCUUCACGUAUAUGCAGAAGGCAUUUGGGAUCAAAUAAUGUCAAAUAAGGACCUUGACUUACCAACACAACAAGAGCUUUUAGCACAAUACCGGAAAAUCAAGGGAUUCAGGCAACCCAUUGAAGCUGGCAGAAUUAUUGAUGAUUUAGGUCCACAAAUGGAAGAAAUUAGAAAUACUACUAUUAAACAAUUCGAUAAGGAUGCAUCCCGAUAUCACUCUGAUGUGUAUAAUCGUAAACGUCAAGAAAUCCUUCAGAAAGCAAAUUCUCAAUUACACGUAUUUUUCCUUGGUCAACUUAAGAAUCUCACAAAGAAAGCCAUUAGUUUAUUCAACACCCGGGAGAAAUUGAAGGGAGAAUAUGAUUUCGCAGAAGUUGUGAGCAAUGCUCGAGAAGAAGCCGAGAAUCUUUUCAUAUCUGGAUCAGAAGCUAUUCUAUUGCCCGAAACUGAUUGGACAUCUGAGGAAGAACUUUCUCAAUUGAAAGAGUCCAUUAAUGAUAUUGCGGCAAAAUCACGUGUGGAAGAAACAAAAAAAAUGGUCAAAGCACUGGAGAAAACAUUUCAAUCGCAAGUCAAUGAAUUUGUUGCUCUAUACUUUAAAACGCCAACUCACGAUAUGUGGAACAAGAUUAUUAAAAAGUUUCAACAAGUUCUCGAUAAUAUUGAACAACAAUUAUUGAAACGUGCAAAAAGUUUUAACGCUACUGAAGAUGAGAAUAUCAAAGCUAUUUCCAAUCUCCGUAAACGUUCUUGGUUACAAUUACGAAAAAAAAUUGAUGAUGAACUUGCAGACAACAUGUUUUUACUUAAAUUACGCGAGAGAUUUGAAGAAAAAUUCCGAUAUGAUGAUGAUGGUUUACCAAAAGUAUGGAAACCAGAAGAUGAUAUAGAUGCUCAUUUUCGGAAGGCUAGAGAAGAUGCAAUCAGUCUCAUACCUUUAUUUGCCUCGAUUCAAAUCCCUGAUGAUGUAGAAUUAGAUAUUCCGUCAGAUGAUGAGUCGCUAACAAUUCUUACUGAAACCAGACAACAUGAUAUAUCAGUACGCUUUAAACGAGAAUCCGAUGCUUUCUAUCUGGAAGCGAAACGUUCUGUUGUAGCAACAACAGCUCGUAUACCUUAUUGGGUAUUUGUUAUGUUUGUUAUACUUGGUUGGAAUGAAUUCAUAUCUAUUAUUACAUCUCCAACGUAUCUGAUUAUCGUUUCCUUCUUUGGAGUUAUUGGAUACAUAAUCUGGCUGUUAAAUCUUUUUGGACCAGUUGAAACGUUCUUCUAUAUGAUCGUAUCAGAAAUGAUUAAAGUUGGAAAAGAUCAACUCAAGACUGGGAUUCAUAAUAGAGCACCACCGGCAUUAGCACAAAAAAUUGAUUCAGUAUUAGGUGUUAACGACAAUAUAAAAAAAGAGCAGUAA